CUGGAUGAAUAGAAUCAUUAGAUUUGGAUUUGCUACUUACGAGUCAUUGAUAUAGAAAUUAAGCAGUGCUGAUAGUCCUUCAUCUAUCUUACAAAUCUUCUAACAAAACAAAGAUUUGUUUAAGCAAGAGCAUGUAGUGCUAUCUUUGAGAAUGUUGGGUAGAUAUAGUAGAUAAUUGGGUCACGAUAACAACUAUUCCGAAUUAACUGGGAAGUUGAAUGAUAUAGUGGAUUAAUUAACUGAAUACGGUAUAUAUACUUGAAUAUUCAUUAAUGUAGAUGUAAUCGAUGUCUUGUUUUGGCUGAGGAAAUUUAGAUAAAAUAAAAUACCUACUAACUUCCAAUAAUAGUCUUAAAACAAAUUAUUCUAGAGAAUUCAAUAGAUGUCAGAGAAUCAAAUGUUCUCAUUUAGAAAUAUGUGUAAUGUCUAUUUCGACUUAUCCCUCCUUAAUCAUUCAAAUGACCAAUUGGCAAAAUCAAUCUCUGAAUAACUCCUUACUACUAAAUAGCUUUCCCCAUUCUUAAUCAUCCAACUCUUCAGUUCCCUUGUGGUUAAGGUAAACAAUUGCUCACUCUCAAAAUAUGACACUUAAAUCCUUAACAACGGUGUCAAAGUGGUUGAAGGUCUCUUAGAGGAAUUAGACGUUGAAUAGGUAACAUGUAAUUUAUAUUUAGAAAUCCUUACUCUUCAAAAGUCUUGCUGAAAUACAAUUUCAAAAUAUUGCACCAAAGUAUUCACUUCCCCAUUUAAUCAAGUAAGUGAAGGACCUAUUGCUAUAAAAGAUUGAAUUAUUAUAGGAAGACUCAGUCCUUAAUAUUUUUAAGGCAUAUACAAGUUUACCAAGAUACUUUGACCAAGAUCUUAUUAAAGAAUUGAAGGACAUGAUUGUAACAACUAUUGAGUAGAAUCCAAAUAAUUUAUCAUCAAAAUUCUUAAUACUUCUCAUUGAAAGGAUUUCCACCUCUCAUGGUUCAAAAUACCCUUCAGAUUUGAUCAAAAAGAUCGUUGGAGAAUUGACCUAGAGAAUAUCCAAGAAGGAAGUAGAAACUCCACUCAUAAGCUAAUUGUGUGCUAAUUUGUUGAGAUAUAAGAAAUUUGAAGAUUUGGCAGUAGUUUUGAAAGACAGUGGAGAGAGCAAUCUUAAAAUCCUCAAUUAUUUAUACAUUAACGGAAUCAAUUUGAAAGAAUACGUUAACUAAUACGUUUAGAUUUAAGAAUCAAAGAGAAUCAACACCUACAAUGCUUUACAUUAUUUGAUCUAUGCUCAUAGAGACGCAUAAGAACACGAAGAAAAGUUCAUGGCCAUUUGCAAAUCAGUUAUCUAAUCAAACCCACAUUCUCUAUUGAAAACCAUCCUUGACAUCAACAUCAAUUCUCAAAUCAAGUCUUAAGUACAAGAGGAGGCAUUCAUGCAAAUCAUUGAAAAUGUCAAAGAAAAAAAGACUGACAUCUUCAAAGUGUUGAAGGAAUUACUCAAUUCUUGCAUUAAUCAUAGAUGUAAAUAAGCUUUGUUAUAACUAAAUGAUUAAUCGGAAGACAAAUUACAAGCUAAAUUAAUAUUAAGUAAAGUUAUUGGAGACAUGAGUGAUUUCGAUUCUGAUAGAUUAUCAAUAAUUUUGUAAUUGUUACAAAAAGAUCCAAAAAAUAUCCCAAUUUUCAGGUUUGUUGAUUAUUUAACUUUGAAUGUCUAAAGUCUUAAUGGGUUAGUAAGAAGCGAUCAAAUCUAAUGGGUAUGUUAAGUUUUAUAACUUGCAUUUUUAAAUUAACCAAGUGCUAGAUUAAAUGCUUUAGUCAGCUUUGUUGAAAGAUUUGAAAGUGCCGGUUACAGCAGUAGAUAAGUUAUUUAGUUAGUUAAGAGAGUUUCUGAAUAAUUCAGAGCAGCUAAUCCAACUUCUCCAUAUCCAGAUUCAGCUUUUGUUUAAAUCAUGAUCAACUAGGGUAUUAUGACCCCUGAAGAUGCUGUCAUCUAAUUGAAUAAUGAAAAAUCAUACUAUUACUUAAAAGUUUAGUUAUGUGGUAUUGCACUACAAUUAGAUAAUCCUCCAGAGAAUGUAAUUUAAUUAAAAGACAAAAUUAAAGCUGAUUGUCAACUUGAUGCUGAAGAAAUGAAAAUAAAAUAGAUUUAAGAAGUAAUUACUUUAUUUAAAUUAACACAAAAUGAGACUGACAAAAUCAAAAGUCAAAUCAAGGCUUAUGCAUCAAAGUUGACACAAAGAUAAUAUUUCGAUUUGGUUAUGAAUGCCAAAGAACCCACCCUCAUAAAGGAAUUAGCUUAUAAUUUCCCUUAAGUUGGUACUAAAAUAGCACUCCCUAAAUUAAUUAAGAUUAUAGAAAAGUUUUAAAAGAAUAAUGUUGCUAAUCAGAUGAUCUACAAUAUUUUAUUAGAAUAAUAUGGCUUGUAAUUCAGUGGUGCCUUUAAUGAAUUGAGAGUCCAAGUUCUCAGUAUUUUAGCAAAUGGCAAACUUAAGUAAGUCGAUGUAUUCUUGAAAACACUUGAAAAAAUCAGUAAAGCUCCUUAAUUCUAUAAGACUUACUUUGGUGAUAUUUUAGAAUCUCUAAUUUAAUUAGGUAUUACUGAACCAGAUGUUGUCAAUUUAAUUAAAUCUAUGGCUGAUAGAUCAAAUCUUAAUAGUCAAUCAAGUUUGAAAUUGCUUCAUUAUUAUGUUUUGGCUGAUCAACCCUUUGAAGAAAUAGAGAAGAUAGCAAAUACUUUGGAAACUUUAAAAGCCAGAGAGACCUAUAGAAUUAAUACAAUCUAUGAAAUAUUGAAAAGAACACAUCCAGAAUCAAAAGCCACCUAAAUUCAUGAAGCCCUAGUCAAGGAGGAGAAAAUCGCAAAUACUCAAAAGAAAAAUCAAUAUACAGUUGAGUACAUCCAAAAGCUGUUACAAGCAGUGGGAGUUGAAGUAGAAGCCAAUUAUUAAAUGGAUAGAGUUCAAAUUGAGCUUUAUCUACCCUAAACGUAUUACCUCUAUUUAAAUUUAGUUAAUAAUCAAUCCUGAUCUUAACUGGAUAUAACUUAAAUUACGACAAAAUUACAUUAACUGGAAGCGGCUUACUACAAAAGAAGUUAUUCGCCCUUCUAUCUAAAUAAGUCAUCACCGUCAAUUUUAAAGAAUUGUUUGACAUAACUAAUUAUGAGGAUAAAGUUAAAUAUUUAUAAAAUUAAGGUAUUUGAUUUAUUUAUUGUUAGGAAUUUCAAUUGCUGUUGACCCUACUACAGUUGAUUAUAGUGCAGUCAAAUAAAUUGAAAAGAGAGAUAACCAAAAAAGACCAAAUCAGAAAAAGUAGUAAAAUUAGCAAAUCGACCAAGAUGAAACUCAUGAACAUGUAGAAGGAUGAUGAGCUCUUUAGUAUUUCU